AUCUAAGGUACUCCUUUACAUUUAGUUUUUAUUUGAUAAUAUAGAAAAAGAUUUGUAUGACUUAAUAACUGAUAACUAAUUUUGCUCAAUUUCAGGAAUGGUUAGAUGAUUCCUCUUCUGCUGAGACUCCUCUUGCUGCAGAGCCAGAAACCACCCCACAGAUUGUCUUGUUUCACCGAUUUUCCACUCCAAGUCCUGUGACAGUAAAGGAACAAAGGUCUGAGGAAUUUCUGUCAGAUGCAGAACUGCUCAGGACACCACCACUGCCUAUAGCUGCUUCUCCCCGUGCAGCUCGCACUGGACCCAUUAAGACAGGUGGUCGAGUCUUUGUCUUGGACCACAACAGAUGGACGGACCCAAUGAGAAAUGCCAUCGAUGGUCUCCUGGCCAAGCACCAUGGAUCUCCUUAAAAGGGUGGAUGCUGAUUAUGCUGCUAUGGUACAGAGUGCCUGCACUGACCCCAACAGCCUUCUGCACUCAACCACGAAACAGCACAUAAACAGGUACAUAAAAUACCUUGCUAAAAAAAAAAACACAAAUGCCUCUCUCAACACCAGCCCAGAAAAGCUCCUAGAGACACAACAGUUAUGGAAGCGUCUUCACUCAGGCAGCGAAACCAUCAGUGUCCCAGUGACAGUACUGCCACCUGCUCCGUUCAAUCCACCUGCAAAGAGUGUUCCUGAAGACGUUCCUCUGACCCAGGCAGCAGUUGAGAAGAUGGUUAAAGACAUCCUAGAGAAGCACCAGGCAGCACUGCAGCAACAACAGCAGACACAAAAAAAAGCCCAAAUUAGAUCCUGUUUAGCUUGUGGUCAGCCAAAGUCUCGUUACCUGGGUGAUGGCUCCUCUGUGCAUUUCUUUUAUCAGGCUGGUGAAGUGAAAUACUUCUACUGCUCCAAGAAAGUCUUUGACACAUACUCUGCUGAGGGCCUGACCAACCCCCGGAUGCCAUUUGAAGAUUUUGCAGACACUCCCUUCUUUCAGCGGGAGCUGGAGGCCUCUAAGCAGAGGGGGGCAGAGAGGAAGAGGGUGAUUGAAGAGAGAGGCAAGAGGAAAUCAUUAGUGGAGCAUCCUUCUGGUCGUCUGUGCAGGUUCUGCCACCAGCCGCUAAAACAAGGUCCAAAUAGUCCUCAUAUCCACACUGGUUUCCCUGGAGUGGCAGGCAAAUACAUUUACUGUCCUGCUAAAGUGCUCUCCCUGUAUCAGGCGCAGGGAAUGAAUGCACAGAUGACAUGGACAGAGUUUCAGCAGUCCCCGUUCUAUGAGGCUGAGAGGCAGAGGUGGAUUGUUGAAAAGAAAAAAUAACUUGGUUGUGAAACACAGCAUAUACAUAUACAUAUAGUGUAUAUUGGGGAUAUCAGCCUAUUUAUUGAUGCAUAAACAGGAAGCCUCCCCGUCGGGGAAUCGAACCCCGGUCUUCCGCGUGACAGGCGGAGAUAC